GCAGAGUAUCGUCAUAACACAACUCUCAAGUGUUUAGAACAGCUUGAAACCUACCCAUCUCUUCUUCACCAUGUUGUUCCGUGCUCUACUCCUGAUCUCUCUGGCGGCGAUGGCGGCGCAGGCCUACGACCUGAGCGUGGGGAGCCGCGGCCGGGUGGCCUACUCCGAGAACGUGUCGCUCGCCAAGAUCCCGCUCACCGUGCGGGAGAAGACCGUCUCCUGGAGCAGCCCCAACAACCAGCCCAUCAGGGGUGUGUUCGCCAUCGACCAGCAGCUGGGCUCGAAGGCGCGGCCGUCCAUCUCGGCGGGCGGGCUCGGCUUCCCCUACGUCACGCUGCGCCUCAAGGGCGAGCGCGGGGAGAAACUCGCCUACAAAGUCGAAGUCCACGUCUAAACGUCACAC